AUUGAAUCCCCCACAAUCUCCUGCGUCUCCUCAUCCUGCGAAAUACCCACUGUCAUACUUACUCGACUCUACUAACGCUCCGACACGACUUGACUUACGAAACCACGAAACCACUAAAUUCCAAACAUGUCUGAAGCCGGUCAACGCCUCAGUCCCAUUUUGAUGCGUUCUGGCACCCCCGGUCCGGCAGAGAAAGUGCUCCGCUAUCUAGAAGGCAUGUCCCGCGAAGGCGAUGACGUCGACAUUUCUCCCCCUCGGUCGCUCGCAGAUGCUGAAGAGUACAACGCUACCAUCCCGGAGAUGCUGCGGUCCCCUGGCGUCCGAAGCAAGACCAGUCAGGCUCUGCGGGACUUGGCCAAAUCACCUGUCAGCUACGACGAUCGUUCUAAAGGUGGUGGCGUCGCGCUCGGCGGCGACAAGCAAACGCGCACGAGGACAGUGAACGGAGACGAUGCGGCCUCGAUAGAGCAAAACGGGCAGCGCUCAGAGUUUGGAGAUCAUCCUUUGCCUGUGCGUCAGCCCAGCUUUGAGCCAGGUCCGAAUGACGACCCCGGCCCUCACUAUCCUUCGUUCGACUCCGGGCCCUCGUUCGGAAACUUCGGACCCAUGCCCGACGAUGGACCCUCCCGCACACCUAUGUUCCAACCUACAUGGACAUCAAAGGCCCAGCAGAACGACGAACGUCCCUGGUCUCCCAUGUCGAGUCGAUCUCGCCUGACCAAGGCCACCGAGAAGGCCACUGCCUAUCCUGCCUUGCCGGAAAGUCGUGUCGGUGAAGACGAUUCUCCGCCUCGGUCCAAAACUCACUCUCCACCGCCGCCGCAAUCCCCAUCACGGAAGGCGGAGCCGCUGUCGCCUCGAAGCGCCACUCGCAGCAUGCAGAACCCUCCGCGUUCUCCCGGCGGAUCCAUGUUCUCUGGCGGGCAUCAGAACAGACCAUUUUCGCCCUAUCGACACGCCCCUACCCACGAGGACCUUCUGCACGCAGCGGUCCGGGGGCGUGCAUUUAUCCCGCCAGAUCUAGACCAAUCCGCAGCCGAGCCAGCCUUACCACCUCCGUCAACGACGACUCCAGUGAUGAAAGCCGCCUCCGUCGCUCGCUCUCAGUUCUCUGCGCAAUCACCACUGCCUGUCAAAGCCCCAUCGAUUGCCUCGCACAGGACCGGGAGCACAGCCACACCUAUCCAACGGCCGUACUCCCCGAAUGAGCUUAACCAAGAGGAGGAGCAGAUCGUCCAAGAUACACUUGCAGGGAGAACCCCUCGGACGUCCCAUUAUGCGCCGUCGGUCUUGGGCUCGGAUGUCGUCAACUCCCAUUUCCACGACAUGGACCUCUGCGUUCUGCUGCACCAGGAGAAUGACCCCACCGUCCACGAUGUUGUCAAGAAGGCUCUUCGCAAGGCAAUCCGACAGCGUGUCAAGAAUUGGGCAUGA